AUGGGAUAUGGCAAAUCCAUCCUACUGUCAUUGAGGGUCCUGGCCCUCAUCAUAGCGUUGGGGUCGCUAGGAUUAGGUACUUGGUCACAAUUCAUCAUUCGCGAUAUCAAUCGCCGUGGUACUGGCAUACUCGAGAUGGUCCAGCCAGAACCGCAGCAGGCGCAGCUUUGGAAGGAUUACUUCACUGCGGUUCUAGCGGGCGCCAUCAAGAUCUGGAUAUCGAUCGCCUGUGCCGCCUUUGCUUCACUCGCCGGAAUUAUUAUCGUCUUAACGAAUAUACUCCAACGUAUGCGCAUAGCCUCAUCGGUCAUCAUUCCUAUCGAAAGUCUCUGUAUGUGUGCCAUGGCCGCAGCCCUCGGCGUGUCUCUCAGCUUCAACAUGAGUCUCGAGACUUUCAGCAAAACACGCCUCGACACCGCUACCUCUCCAGAUCUCACAAAGUUCGCGAUGCUGGUUGAUCUCAGCCGAGGUUACACUAUCGCAGCCGGCGCAGGAUGGUUCCUCUUCUUGGUCACAUUCAUUACGGCGACGAUUGACGCAUGCCGUCGCGCUCGAGAGAAGGAGAGCUGCUCAUUUGAACCCACGGCAUCGGCACUCGGCAUGGGUCAUGGAUAUGCCGCUGUCGUCCCACCUCCUUCACGUAGUCGCGUCCCAACUAUGUACGACCCGCGUAUACCAUCGACUUUGUUUGAGCAAAAUGCGCAUGGGCGAGCGUCAGUAGGCAAAGAUAUUGAGAUGGGGCGUGCAGACUCAGUUCUCAGUCAAGAGGGAAGGAUCUCGUAUGAGUUUGAAAAGGAAAUAUCUGGGCCACUAAGUUUGGAGAAGCCAUCCAAAGUGCAGCAAAUGCGACCUUCACGGCCAUGGAGUGAAGCACAUGCAGUACAGAAUGGGGACGGAGUGAUACAUGCCAUGUAG